UCACUUUAAUUUUUUGCUGGAAGCGAGCAAGUUGGCGAAUUUAUAUAGUUCUUUACUAAGUUACUACAAUUUUAAAAUAAAAACAUUAAAAUGACCAGCCCAGUGGAAUUAUUAAGCCUUGCCAAUCCCGUCUUCAAGAGUUUUACCUUUUGGGUGGGAGUUUUGGUGAUCAAAAUUCUUUUCAUGAGCCUUUUGACCGGCCUGCAGCGAUUUAAGACAAAGACCUUUGCCAACCCUGAGGACUUGAUGUCCCCCAAGCUGAAGGUCAAGUUCGAUGACCCGAAUGUGGAGCGUGUGCGUCGUGCCCAUCGUAACGAUCUAGAGAACAUCCUGCCGUUUUUCGCCAUCGGUCUGCUUUAUGUUCUGACCAAUCCGGCUCCCUUCCUGGCCAUUAAUCUGUUCCGGGCCGUGGGAAUCGCUCGUAUUGUCCACACUCUCGUUUACGCCGUGGUCGUAGUGCCCCAGCCAUCCCGGGCCCUCGCCUUCUUCGUUGCCCUGGCCGCCACCGUCUACAUGGCUCUCCAGGUCAUCGCCGCCGCUGCCUUCUAAGCACAUAGGUCUAGUCGAUGUAUUUUUUGUUUUAUAAUAAAAGUUACAAAUUUUCCAAAACUGA